AUGGUUCAGGUACAGCCGAUGGACUGCACCAGCGUCCCGGAAGAGGAGCAGGAGUUGUCGGAGAUCACCGUCCAUCAAUGGUGCAGGCAUAUCGAGGACAUCCUCAACCGCAGCCACAAGGAGCUCUUCUCACGCCUGGAUGCUUGGAUGCUGGAGAGCUUCGCACCCGGCCGAGUCGCUUUCUUAGACGAGUUCCGACCUGCGACGUCGAGUGGACACAGCGGCCGACCCAGCUCUUCGAGCCACGCACCUUCCGAGAGGCGACACUCCCACAUCGAGAUCUCCAGCACGGAGGACCCCAUCGCCAGAUUGAUGCUGGCCGAGAACACCGAGCGAAGCAGGCCUGUCAUGCCAACGCUGAUACCCGGCAAGAGCAAGGUCUUGGACGAUGAAGAGCACGAGAAGGUGGCCCUGGAGAAGUCUAAGAUACGCAAGGAAUGGACCGAAAGACAGGGAUCGAAGGUGUUGGAGAACUCCUUCGAGGUCGACAAAAAUUUUGGCGGCAAGAUUUCGCGCGAGCUGGAGCGCAUUGUGGACUCCAGCCGCUUUGAAGCCGUCUUCUCUGUCGCGCUUCUCACCAAUGCGCUCUUCAUCGGCAUCACACUACAGCUUGCUGCCGACAGAUAUGGAGUCAUGGCGGAUGCUUCCUCUGCCUUAGAGGAAGGUCCCGUAGUGACUGCGAUUCAUGGGAUCUACGCAGUGGUGUUCUUGAUCGAGCUGCUGAUGCGGAUGGGUGCCCAAGGUCAGUCGUUCUUCUGCUCGUACGAUCGGGCCAACCUGUUCUGGAACUACCUCGAUGCUGUGCUGGUUGGAGUAUCGAUAGUGGAAUCGAUCCUGGUGCUGGUGCUGGUUGAAGAUACGGAACUUGGUAUGUCGAACAAGCUGCGUACCAUGCGAAUCGUGCGCCUUACUCGGCUGGUGCGGCUGCUCCGUGCGAUUCGAUUCUUUGCAGGCCUCCGGACGUUGAUCUACUCCAUCUUUUACACCUUGAAAGCUCUGGCAUGGUCUUUAGUCCUGCUGCUUCUCAUGAUGUACGUGUUGGGCAUUUUGUUGACGGAUGCCACGCUGGCCCACGUGAUCAGAUAUGAGAACUCAACCAUGAUACCCGAUGACUCCAACGACGGCGUGCUCUACAGCCAUUUCGGGACACUGCACCUAUCCAUGCACACGCUCUUCCGCAGCAUCACAGGAGGAGUUGACUGGUCCAGCCUUGCCAUGGCUCUGGCGCCCUUGAACUGGAUCUGGGUCUACCUGUUUUCUGCGUACAUCGCAUUUUGCCUGUUUGCCGUGCUCAAUGUGAUGACAGGUGUUUUCUGCCAGCGUGCCACAGAGCUGGCGGAGAAAGACCACGACGCACAGCUUCUGGGCUUGCAGAUGGAGAAUGAGCGCGUCCGCAUGGAGUGUCGAAACCUUUUCCGUCGCUUCGAUGUGGCAAAGCAAGGCUCCCUCACACUCCUUGAGUUCGAGCUCAUGUUCCAGCGUGAUGACAUCAAAGCGUCCCUGCAAGUCCUGGACAUCGCCCGGAGGUUUCCGAAGCUGACGCCUGGCGCUGCUCGGCAGUUUGAGAAGAAUACUCACCAGGAGUACGAAGUAUUGUCCACAAGAGUCUUGGCCGGUCAUUUCUGGGGGGUUAGAGAAGUUUGUUUCUUGUUCGCCUUUGCUGGCUGCUUGUUGUCUUCGAAUCAGUCAGGCGGAGUGGAGUCCGAGGGCACAGUGUUGUAUGGUUCCCUGAUCCAGAUUAUCCCUCUGCAUGCCGUGGCUUGGUCGAAAAGAAAGCAGUUGUUACAGUUGCGCGCGACCCAGAUGGGUUGGGGUGCACUCAACAACGUGGAUGAGGUGGAGGUGCGUCGCGCCACGCAGAUCCCCCAGGCAACUUUCUUGCAGCUACAAGAUGAUCUUCACGCUGAGCUGGCGCGCAUCCAUGCUCGGCUGCGGCGAGAAAUCCAGUCGGAUUUGGGACGUAUCCAUGAUAGGCUGGAGAUGGUGGAGACAAGGAUGGGCAUCGAGAAGCCACAGCCUAGUGCAGAUACUGAGUAUCAGGACACAGGAAAGCAGCGAAACAAGUCCAGCGAGCCCGACUUCGACCAAGUGAAUCUUCAGGUUGUUCCGGACGCCGGUGCUGCCGAUCCACAGCCUACCGGAACUGAUGCGUUUCCGGGUGAGGUUUCCGAGAUCCACUUCGAGGAAAGCGUUUGGAGCAUUGCUAUGGUGCUUGGUCUUGUGGACGUCGGCUUCUUUGAUCGGCUCUUCGCUGGAAUCCUUGUGCUCCUGAACUUGGUCAUGCAGGCGGCCUUUUCAUGGGUUCUCUUCACGGAUGCAUUCGUUGGCGAUCACUUCGACGGCAACGUGCAAACUGCCAAAGCUUGGCGGACAAGUGUUGCACACGACUACAGGUACAUGGACCUGUCCCAAACAAGCUUGGUCUCCAGAGUUUGCUCAGGAGACGGUUCAUUGAUUUUAUCCACAACCCAGGCCACGUUGGUGGAGCACAUCAAUAGCUUCCUCGGUUUGAGUGAGAUGGACUUCGGACACCCAGCCUUCCAGCCCGGUGUCCUCUUGUGUAUGCUCUGCAUCAUUCUGUGGAGCCUGUGCGUCUACAAGGAGUUCCGCACGAUCUGGCUGCAGCUGGAGGCGGCUCUUAGGGUGCCCAAAUCUCGCACAACCGUUUUUCGUGCGAAUUCGUUCGAAUGCAUUUCAUGGGGGCGUUUUAUCAUGCUUCUGAUCACGUACGUCGUUCGGGUAGCCAUUGCGUCGGUCUUGCUCUUCGGCGGGAUUCUCUGGCUGGCGCGAACAACAUCAAUUGAAGAAUUGAUGUUGAAUGCUGUUGCCCUGAAUUCUAUUUUAGAUGUUGACGAGUUUCUCUUCGCUGGCAUGGCACCCAUCAAGAUUCAGCACGCCAUACAGAGCUUGACACCAAUCCGUAUUAGGUACAGUCGUUGUCGCAGCCAGCUGGAGUCGUUGGUGCAUUUCAGUGCACUGCUGACUCUCAUCCUUUUAUCCUAUUUUCUACUGCUUGUACCCUUGAGUGAUGCGAUGCUGGCUGUCAAGACCGAGCUUUGCGGAGGCAUCCAGCGGUUCGUCGUUUCCUACAAUGCAGAAACGCAGAUGACAAUUGGACUGGCGACAACGGAUUUCGACGACCUGCAAAACUUGUCCUACAGUCAGACUGUGAUCCGGGCGCAUAAAGAUUCUGUGCCAGGGAUCCCCUCCGAAUUAAUCGGCUUUGCUGCCAACCAUGACAGUUUUCAGUCUGAAAUUUCGCGCACCAUGCAAGAAGAGGCCUCGCGGUAUCCGAGCUGUAUAGAAACCGAAGUGCUGAAAGAGGGUUCACCGUACUACACAGACCCAACGCUGCAAUCGUUGGCUGCCUUACUCAUCAACUCCGCAGCAGGUGCUUUGGGACGUGCCGGUGCACGAAGUUGUCAAGAACUACAGGACAAAUGCGACGAUCCAGACGCGCGUUUGUUGCGGAUGGUGUGUGGUGAGACAUGUGGUUGCAUUGAUCCGUUCAGUUCUCCGUGGUACAAAGUUCCAGCACAAGGUUGUGCUGCAGCUUGCCUGGAACUUGGGCGGGCACAGUUGCAGAACCAUUCCUGCCAGGAUAUGCCUGUGGAUGACACGUGGCGGGCAUUCUGGGCUCAGUAUGGGGAUGUAUUGUCACACUACUUCGGACAGCCAGUGGAGACCACUCAGGCAUUUGCUCUGGUGAACCAAACCCUCCCAGUCUUAGCCGUGGGUGGAUGCCCAGUUCUGGCGCAGUUUCCUGUAGACUACAUCUCUACCACCGUCUGGUGCGAGGGCACCUCUGACCUGGUCCGUCCAUUGGCUUCUUUAUGCCCGCAAACAUGCGGCUGUGACCGACCAUCGCCGAAGAUUUCUCAGCAUUGCCCUCCAAGCUGCAGCGUUGCUCGAAGCAACGCGUCUGCGUGA